AUGGGCUUCAACACUGCGUUGACGAGAGCGCUGGGGAUCAGGAUCCCCGUCGUCCAGGGCGGCAUGCAAUGGGUUGGAUACGCCGAGCUCGCAGCAGCCGUCAGCAACGCCGGUGGUCUCGGAAUCCUCACAGCCCUCACCCAACCAACCCCAGAAGACCUCCGCAAAGAGAUCCGCAAAUGCCGCUCCAUGACCAAGAACCCCUUCGGCGUCAACCUCACCCUCCUACCGGCCCUCGUCCCACCCGAUUACGGCGCCUACGCACAAGUGAUAAUCGACGAGGGGAUCAAGAUCGUCGAGACGGCGGGCAACAACCCGGGCCCUGUAAUCCGGCAACUCAAAGCCGCAAAUAUCACAGUGCUGCACAAAUGCACGACUAUCCGGCACGCCAAAUCGGCCGUCAAACUCGGCGUUGAUUUCCUGUCCAUCGAUGGCUUCGAGUGCGCUGGACACGUCGGCGAGCACGACAUCACCAACUUCAUCCUCCUUAGCCGUGCGCGUCAGGAUCUCGGCGUCCCCUUCAUUGCCUCGGGCGGGUUCGCAGACGGGUAUGGGCUUGCUGCGGCGCUGGCGCUGGGCGCGGAGGGAAUCAACAUGGGGACGCGCUUCAUGUGCACCGUCGAAGCGCCGAUCCACCAGAAAGUGAAGCAGGCGAUUGUCGACGCAGAGGAGACAGAUACAGCGCUUGUGCUGAGGCGAUGGAAGAACACGACGCGGCUGUUCGCGAACGAAGUCACGAAGCAAGCGCUGAAGGUCGAGAAGGAGAGCACGAGCGGUGAGUUCGCGGAGGUUGCGCCGUUCGUGAGUGGGAAGAGGGGGCGCGAGGUGUUUCUGAACGGUGACGUUGACUUUGGCGUGUGGACGGCGGGCCAGGUCAUUGGGCUUAUUCAUGAUGUGCCGACGUGCGGGGAGCUCCUGACGCGGAUUGAGAGGGAGGCUGCGGAGACGCUGGGCAGGGCGCAGGCGUUGUACAAGGCAACGCCCCAGAGUAAGCUGUGA